UAGCUGUCUAGCGCCACUCUUUCUUUAACGUCCGUCUGUUUGCGCGCGUAUCUGCGAUUCUGCGAUUUCAGUCUGCGACACUAUAGCACAAUUCCGACGAUUCCGCGCAUGCUGGCCUGACGCGACCACGCUCUUUGUAGACACGAUACCGAAGAGAAGUAAGAGGCAAGAACAGGAACCAUGACGUUCAAUUGCUCUACCGUCCCCGAGACGACAAACACAGAUGCUGGAGUAGCAGGCGCAGGCACGCUUCUAUCCUUUAUAAUAACAAACAUGCUCUCCAUCCUCCUCUCAGCCGCCAUAAUCCUCCUCGGCCUCCGCAAAUCCACUUCCGCGCCCAUAUCCCGCAAACUCCUCCAAUCCUUCUCCGACCAGCAAAUCCUAACCGGAAUCGGCAUCCAAUCCGUCGGCCUCGCAAAGAUGAAAACCAUGGUGCCAUACCACUUCUUCAUCAUCUGGCUCCUCUCGCUGCUAUCCACCGCUACGAACCUCGCCACUUUACUCGCUCUGGUAAACGACUUCAAGAGAGACUGGGUACUCCGAUGGAUCAGGCAGCUUCUGAUGCUCAUCAACAUGUUCCUGGGGAUAUUAUCUGGCAUCUUUAUCCUGCAAACUGUAAUGAAGAACAUGGAACCCAGGCUGCCGAUUGCCUGUGUGUGGCAAGUGGAAAGCAAAGGCACAAGCUCCAACGCCGCCCUCUCAAUCGCAGGCACUAUUGCCGUAAUCGCCGGCCAAGUCCUCACUUUUGGCUUCGCAACUUGGUACUUGCACAACCGCUCAAACCCAAAGUGGCUCAAGACUGUCCAAGUCAUCGGCCUCUUUGCCUGUCUCGCCAUGGGCGUCGGCGCUACGAUUCGCGUCGUCUUGGAAUCUCAGGCUUUUGGUACACCGCCGAAAUCUGUGCAUUUGGUUGGUCCGUCAGAAGGCAACUGGAGUUUUGGUCAACUGCUGCCAUUGUUGCUGUUGGCGCUGCCGGUGAUUAGUACGAUUGAGAUUGCGAGGGGGGAGGAGCUGAAGCCGAAGAGUAGGGUCGAUGAUGAUACUGUGCCGCUGUUUGUGGGUGGGAAUGACAUGGAGUUUCAGCCUAAUCCGCUGAUGGGGAGUGCGACGAAUUUGUUCAGGAAGUAAGGGGAUAGUGGUAGAAAUGGGAUGAAAUGAAGGGCGUUCUGGGGUGAUGGAGAUUUCCGUAUAGAUACCCUGUAAACUGAGUUUUACUUUUUGAAAGCUUUCUUAUACCUGCCACGUUGAAUACGCGUUUUUGAAAUCAGAUUUGACUCGCUUCAUUGCUUCACGAAGCAAGUGCUCCAGUGAUUUGUCGUAACAAUCUAAUAGGCCUUCUCUACGUUCCUUCAAUUUAUGAAGUCAUCGUCAUCAUGCAUCACUCUGUUACUUCAUGCA